AUGCCGAGCAGCAUGGACUUUCCUGUAUUCAGCUUCCUAACCUUCGACAUGGCUCCAGGUAGCAACGAGACUGCUACUAUAGCGGCGAAAGCAUUGCUUUGGUCCAUCGCUGCCUCGUUCUUCGCUAUCGGCUACUCAGAGGUGCUCUACCGCGGAACCAAAUACCUCUACCAACGAGGAAAGCUACUCCGCUACUACCCGCUUCCGCAAGAGCGACACCUCGUCGAGGCAUGGUCGUCCGCCUUCUUUUUCAUCCUUCCGACGGCGCUGUUCGCCUCCUUUCACACCAAGGAUAUUGAUCGCUCAUGGAGUUUUAACCCGAUCGCCAUUGUCGCCUAUACGGGACUUUACCUCGUCAUCCAUGACGUGUACUUCUAUCUAAUCCACGCCAACUUCCACAAGAAUCGCUGGCUGUACAACUUCUUCCACGAUAAGCACCACGAAUAUAGCUACAGCAUGAACUGCUACAUCGUCGGAUACGCCGAGAUCCUUGAAAAUAUGGUCCAAGUUGGCGUUCCCUGGCUGGUCUGGACCUACAUUGCCGGUGGAAACUGGUGGAACUGGCUAUUGCCGCUAAGCCUGAUUGUCUUUACGACGCUCGUCGGUCACUCUGGCUACAGGAUGUCGACAAUCGUGGCGGCUUUCCAUCCGCUUGUCAUACCCUUCACGUUGAUCUCCGGCAAGUACAUGCUCACGCCAGGUGACCACCAAGUGCAUCACAGUCACCGUCGCUACAACUUCGGACUAUUCUGGCGUUUCAUGGAUCAGUGGCAUGGUACCUACCGUAGGUGCAAUGUGAAGGCGUACGACGUCGUCUUCUGGACGGAGUGGGCCCGGCAGAAGGAGGAGAACGCUGAGCAGGCGAAGAAGUGGCUCAACAAGCAUAAUGUCGAGUUCGAGGAGGUUGCGUGGGGCUUUUAAUCGAACAUCCUUGAUUGAUAGCAUUGCAGAGAUGCUGACUGUCAUGUGAGGCUGUUGUAUUGCAGCGAGACAUCGCACGAUGGAGCUUAGAAAGUGCAUUAGCGACACCAUGGGACAGCAAGGGU